CCCUCCGAGGGGCCGCGCUUACCCGUCGGGCGAGUACUCGAGGUUGAAGACGGCACCGUGGGUACGGGUGCUGAGGUACACCGAGUCCGCAGGAUGGAUGGAACCAUAGAGUGUGAAUAGAUAUCUUCUCUAGCAACAACCAAGGUUUUAUUUUGGAAAAGGAAACUACUUUUCCUCCUGAGGGCGAGAUCAGAAGGGCUCACUCCCGAAGCCUCUGCUCAGUUCCCAACGUUCCCUCGGAACCCGAAGUGGGAGCGUUUUGUAUCUUAUUGUGCGACCCGAGACACCGGAAGUAGAGGCUCUGCGAUGCAUUGAAGCCGCGUGUUUCUCGUACGGACCAGCGAACAGACUUCAGGGUAGGCAGCCUGUUAGAGACACAGGCAUAGUCACCUUGUGGGGACCCGCUGGUCCACAGGGAUCAAGCUUCGCAGAUGAAGGUUCAAGUCCAAUAGGCCGUAACAGCGGAAAACGGAAAGACUUGGGCGGGUUGGUGAUUGGACGCGAUGCCGGAAGCGGAAGCCGGGAACUGUGGUGGCGCUUAGGAUGGCUGAGGCUGCGGGUGUCGCAGCCGAGUCCCUUGUGGGUGGCAGAGCGCGGGCGGCGUGCACUGUGCUAGAUCAGGUGGUGCUCCCGGGUGAGGAGCUUCUGCUGCCGGAGCAGGAGGACGCAGAAGGCCCAGGAGGUGCAGGGGAGCGACCGCUGCGCCUAAAUGCGGGAGCGCGCUCUCGGGUGCGCGUUGUGUGCGGUCCGGGCUUGCGGCGCUGUGGCGACCGCCUGUUGGUCACCAAGUGCGGCCGCCUCCGUCACAAGGAGCCCGGCGGCAGCGGCGGCGGCGUUUACUGGGUGGACUCGCAACAGAAACGGUAUGUCCCAGUGAAAGGAGACCAUGUGAUUGGCAUAGUGACAGCUAAAUCUGGAGAUAUAUUCAAAGUUGAUGUUGGAGGGAGUGAGCCAGCUUCUUUGUCUUACUUGGCAUUUGAAGGUGCAACUAAAAGAAACAGACCAAAUGUGCAGGUUGGAGAUCUCAUCUAUGGACAAUUUGUGGUUGCUAAUAAAGAUAUGGAACCAGAAAUGGUCUGUAUUGACAGCUGUGGACGAGCCAACGGAAUGGGUGUGAUUGGACAGGAUGGUCUACUUUUUAAAGUGACUUUGGGCUUAAUUAGAAAGCUGCUAGCUCCAGACUGUGAAAUCAUACAGGAAGUAGGAAAACUCUACCCCCUGGAAAUAGUAUUUGGGAUGAAUGGAAGAAUAUGGGUUAAGGCAAAAACAGUUCAGCAAACCUUAAUCUUGGCAAACAUUUUAGAAGCUUGUGAACACAUGACAGCAGAUCAAAGAAAACAAAUCUUUUCUAGAUUGGCAGAAAGUUGAUCUAUGUGGACUUUUUUACGGGCCAGUUAAACCAAGAGACUGUGGAUUUCCCAGGGAAAAUUUUUUUCAGGUGAACCUGUCCUCAUUAAAUCUUCAGAAGACAAGAUGUGAAUGUACAUAUUGUCUUAUUGGAGUCUUAAAAGGAAAUAUUUUUAUAAAAAACUGGUUGCUAUCCAUGUUCUUGUGGGUGAGAAAAAUCAUUAUAAAAUAAUGGUGUGGGUUUUUUUUUGUUCUUUGCAAUAAAGUUUACCAAAAGUUA